GAUUAUGCCGUGAUAAUCACCUUUGGAUCAAGCAAAUCACGAAAGGACAACCUUGUCCAAAUCACAGGGCGAUAAAUAGCCAGAACAUGGCGAGAUGCACAACGAAGCAGAGUGUGCAAGGAAGAGAGAGCGUGUGCUGUGGCUGUGCUGUGCGCCUGUGCAGCUGUGCUGCGUUUGAUCCCCCUUCCCCUCCCUCGGAAACGGGGAAAAGCAAAACACUCCCAAAGCCCAAGACGGCCAGAGAGGAAGAAAGCAAGCAAAAGCAGAGAGAGAGAGAGAAACAAGGCAGCAGCAGCAGCAGCAGCAGUAGCAGAGGCUAGCAGCACAGAGAGGGGCCCCGUGAUUCCCCCCCCCCCCCCCCCUCUUCAUCUUUCACUUUCCCCAUCUCUUUUUUUUCACCAUUUUACCACUACUGCUGCCUCACGCAGUCACGACGCUGAAGUGGUAGUAGUAGUACGCUCUCAAAACCCAACCUUGAAUCCGUCACGCUCACUCACGCAGCUCACAGGCUCACAGCUGCAGCUACUUACUACUGGUACGGGCUCAGGGCCAGCAGCCAGAGUGAAGGGGAGGCGAGGCGAGGCGAGCCGUGUCAAUGUCCAAGAAAUGUGAUGGCGCGCUCCGGUGAGGCGACUGGUUAGGUUAGCCGAGGAGGGGGAGGAGGCGAGGCGAGGCGAGGGCGAGAUGACACUGCAGAUGGAGCCGCCGCCGCCGCCGCCGAGGCGGUCGGUGUCGACGAGCUGCGACCUGCACCCGGGGGAGACGUUCACGGGCUUCUGCGCCGCGUGCCUCCGCGAGCGCCUCGCGGGGCUCGAGGCGUCCACCGCCGCCGCGGCCGCCGCGCCGGGCCGCAGGUCCACCUCCGCCAUCCGCUCGCUCUUCUCCAGGCCAUUCGUCGCCGCCGGCGGUGGCGGCGGCGACGGCGGCGGCGGCGGCGCGGUCCCGUCGGGCUCCAGCGCCGCGGUCCCGGACCUCCGACGAUGCAAGUCGUUCUCCUGCGGCCGCGGCGGCGACGUGCUCGCCGGUGGCUGCGGGGACGAGCCGCAGCGGCGGUCGUGCGACGUGCGCGGGAGGAGCACGCUCUGGGCGCUGUUCCACCAGGACGACCGCGAGCGCGUCCGCGACGGCACGGCGUUCGGGGCGUUCCCGGCCUCGUCCUCAGCCGCGGCAGCGGCGCUCGCCUCUGAAGUACAACCUCAGCCGCCGCCGCCGCCGCCGCCGUGCGUUCCUGAGGUGUUCCUGGAGGAGGAGAUAGCUAUGGCUGAGGAGUCUGACGAGAUUACUCCAGUGGUGGAGCCAAUCUUGGUGGUGGACACCUCCGGGGAGAUGGAAACGGAAGCCAAUGGUGGACGGGAGGCCAAGGCCAUGAAGGACCACAUAGAUCUAGAGUGUUCGCAGGCCAAGAAGCCGCAGCCCAAGGACCUGAAGGAAAUCGCCGGGAGCUUCUGGCUCGCCGCCUCGGUGUUCAGCAAGAAGUGGCAGAAGUGGAGACGAAAGCAGAAGCUCAAGAAGCAGGACGCCGCUGGCAGCAAGGCAGCAGCCGCAGCAAUGCCGCCGCCGGAGAAGCCCUCCAAGCCCUCGUUCCUCCGGCGGAGUCGCCUCCGUGGAGAAGCCUGCUCGGAGUUCGCCGGAGGUCGGCGUUCGUGCGACACUGACCCAAGGUUCUCCCUCGAUGCCGGCCGAAUGUCCGUCGACGAUGUAGGCUUCUCCUGGGACGAGCCCCGCGCGUCGUGGGACGGCUACCUGUUCGGCGCCGGCACCGGCAUUGGCCUCGGCCGCGCGCCCCCGCCGCUCUCCCGCCUGCCGCCCAUUCUCUCCGCGAUGGAGGACUCCCCAGCCGGCAUCGUCGAGCGUUCCGACGGCCAAAUCCCGGUGGAGGACGACUCCCAGCCGGAGCCCGAUCCCGACGCCGACACCCCGGGCGGCUCGGUGCAGACCCGAGACUAUUACGACACGUCGUCGUCAAGCCGGAGGCGGCGGAGCCUGGAGCGGACCAGCUCGGUGCGGAGGCCGUCAUUCGAAGUCACCGACGCAAAGCCAGUGCUGCCGGCGGCGGCCGCCAUAACAAGCGUCAAAGAUUCGCCGCUAAUUGGGAGCUCAGAGUUCUACCACUUCCAGCAUGCCGAGGACCUGCUCGAACACCACCGGUUCAGCACCAGCUCCCUCAUCGAAGACUUCCCCAUGAGCCUGGACGCCGCGUUCCCGGGCCCCGACAAGAAGCCCCGGAGGUGGCGCAAGGCGUGGAGCCUCUGGGGCCUGAUACACCGCCGCGCCGCCGGCCGCAGGGGCGGCGCGUCCGACGUCGCGGACAGGGCCUUCUCGGAGCCGUGGCCGGAGCUGCGCGUCCGCGGGUGCAACGCCAGGAUGCAGCGGUGCAACAGCAACGCCAGCGCGCGGAGCUCUUUCAGCAGCAACAGCGGCGGCCUCGGCAGCUCGAGGCGCAGCUACGUCGACGGCAACGGCAACGUCGUCAAGCGGCGGCGGGAGGAGUGCGCCCUGGAGCGCAACCGCAGCGCGCGCUACUCGCCGGGGCACGCUGACAACGGCAUGCUGCGGUUCUACCUCACGCCGAUGCGGAGCGCCAGCGGCCGGCGCGCCCCGGGGCUACCGGCCAAAGGCGGCCGGCAACUGAGGUCGCAAUCGUUCGCGCGUAGCAUGCUCCGGCUGUACUGAGUUGUGUUUUUCGUUGCAGCAGUAGUGGAGGCUCAAUGGCAAUGGUAUAACCAUAAAUCUUUUUUUACAUCCUUGUGUAGCGCAGUGUUAAUUCCGUUCAUUUGGGGGGUUGGAUUGGAUAGAAUGGAGGUUUAUCUCAUAAUCACCUCUUAA